AUGGAUCUUCCUGACGCCGGAGUCCCCCGAAUGCACCAUGGAGCCUUUGCUGACUUUUCGUCGUCCAGCAGGCGGCACUUGUCAUCAGACCAAAACUACUCAGCGCUGAUGCAACAGCAACUAUCAGGCAACGAUACGACGAUCCGCUCAGAGCAACAACACGAAGCCGGACAAACCUCAUCCGAGCGCAAUAGCGCUACUCGCAACAAGACCCUUACCCUCAAAAGCAACUCUGUGUACCCACAAAAUCAGCUACGUGGAGCAUACGCUUCUGUACCCCGCCCGGUACGGCCAAGUACCGAUGCGCCCGAAAACAACUCAUCCGUGGACCCAGAAAAGCAGCUACACGGAGCAUACGCUUCAGUACCCUUGUCCGCACGGCCAACUUCCGAUGAACUGAUUGAAGCAGCUCUCAAGAAGAAGCGAAGACAGAGAGGCCGCCGUCGACGCAGGGAGCACAUUGAUGGGGAAGAGUAUAAGGAUACUGACUUGUCCAAAAACAUUACUUCCUAUUCCUAUCUUCCGAUUGGAAAGUACGUGACAUCGGCCCUUGAGGAACGGUCGGAACAGGCCAAGACCAACGGAAACACAUCUUCUCCUUAUGCCUACGCUUUUGUCAUGGGAGGUGUCAACGAGCAAGACGGUCGGUAUUUAGGAAUGUUUUACAACAUUUUGAUUGCAGCAUACAUUUUCGACAAGGAGGGAUCUUCCGCGGAUGUGGUCGUGUACGUCCAAAUGUCAGCAAACUCUACGUUGACGGAACUGCCCGAGGACAACACCCGCCUUUUGACGGCGAUGGGUGUGAAAAUAAAGUACUUACCCAAGCCCAAGGUGGAAAACUUUCAUCAGAUUAUCAUGCAAAAGUUGGUGAUUCUAGAGUUGGUGGAGUAUCGACGAGUGAUCUUUCUAGAUACCGACGUCAUGCCGUUUUGCAACCUCGACUACGUCUUUCACUUAUCCGACAGCCCCAAACCAGUUCUCAAGAAGAAUCUCAUCAUUGCCCUUUCGGGGUCACCGGCGAAUGCAGGUUUCUUCAUGUUAGCUCCAAAACCAGGAGAAAUCGAAAAGCUGAGGAAAAUAGUUGCCAAGCAGCAGGCAAGAGCGAAAGACAAAGGUGUUCCAUUUGACGAAAACAGAGGCUGGGGUCAUGUAAUCAAACCACCCGAUGCCUGGUGGACUAUCAACAAGAAGCAUAAGAGAAGGAGAUGGAAGUUUGUGGGGUCUCACGCAGACCAAGGACUGUUGUAUCAUUGGGUGAAGUAUUACAAGCGUAGUGCAUCGAUUGUUUCCGGUGAAGAGGUGGACAACUAUGGUCCCAUAAAGACGAAAGAUAGGAUACAACUAGAGAAGACGCUGUAUGAGCCAUUCAAGCAGUACACGUGUUUUCCUCGAAAGUAUGAGAGGACUUUCGGAGAACUUCCAACCUAUGAUGCCCAGGGGAUGGCGCCGUACCGUGACUUCGUCCAUUUCCUUGGUUCCAACAAACCUUGGAGACAACAUCUUCCUCCUCCCAUUGCCACCAACAUCGAGGCGGAAACACCAGAGCAAUAUUGGUUUCACAUGUUGCGCUUGCUGAACCAAGAGCUAGAUAUAGGCAUAGACUUCGGCAAUUGGACGCGAAUCAAACGGACGCCCUUGGGUUCACACCCGAAGAAGGACCUCAUGGUCCAGCUAUUGGAAGCCAACCAAACCCUGGUUCAAACGUAG